AUGUGUUACACCCGCGCUUGGAUCGACAUGGCUCCACAAGCGUCUUUCAACAUGGUCGAACACUACCUCGUCCCGCCUCAGCCUUACACCGCACCCUUUCUCGCUCGUCUCAGCACAUUCAUCAUACACGCCCCGCUCGACGACGUAGAGUCUAUGCUCCAGUCACCUUCCACGCGUGAUGGUGAGCUCGCACACAUCAACCCCAACAGCGACGCUCUACGCCCCACGCAAUUCAUGACAACCGUGUGCCAAGGCCUGCUCCAAUUCCUCAACAUGGAAUUUACCUCUGCUGAUCACGCCAGUCCAGAUACCAUCCCCCUCACUUUAUGUCUACUACUCCGCUAUCGCAUCGCGUCUUCAUCCACGUCCCAGCGUGAAGACGAGCAUCGUUUUACCGACCAGAGUUGA